AUGCAUACAUAUAUGUUGGAUACGUACUAUCUCCGCGAAGGUCACUGGGUCGUCCCAGACGACGAGGAAGUCGGGGGCCCUGGCCAGGGGGAUACCCUGACCGCUGGCCAAGCCCUCCGACAGCAGGGGUUGCUGCACGAGCUCGAGGAGCGCAAGGCAGUGAAGAACCAGCGCCUUCAGGAAAAGCGAGAGCUACAGGAUGAGAUCCGCGGAUCAGGCCUUCCACCAGGCGAAGGCGGAUGUGGCAGAGACAGUUCGUAA